AUGUUAGUUAUUGCACAUUAUUAUUACAGCCAAAAUAGUAAUAUAAUAUUAUUACCAUAACUCUAUUCACGGUAUCAUUGAUUAUAAAUACAGAUACCUAAUUAUAAUCAAUGAUGGCGUUAACAAUUGGCAAUAAUAAUAAUAAUUCACGUAGGCUAUAAAUUGGAAAAGAUUGUUAUUUAAAUAUGAUAAAAAUUAAUUUUGUCUAUCAUAUUAUCUAGAUAAAAAUUAGAUUAUCUUAAUCUAAUCAAGAUAAAUUUGAACCGUAAUUACCUUUUAUUUAUCUGCGCCUAUAUGAAUGUAUAAUCUACAGCUAUUUGUAUCUUAUCUGGAUGAAAUUUUCGUUAUCUAUUCACAACACUGGUCAUGACGCAAAUUUCAUUUACCUGUCUUUGGUUAUACUUUUGGCGAUUCGUAACCACCGAGGCAAUAAUACACUUGUGGCGCGAAUCGCCUGUUACACCGGAACCGAUCUGAUUUUCUCAGUCCCGUCGCGACGGGACUGAACGAAAACAACAAAACGUUUGUGUAGCAGACAUAAUAUCGGCUAACCGGCAAACGGAUUUUUUUUGUUUUCAGACAUCAAGUACCACAGAAAACCCAACUGCGAUCAGAUAUUCAGCGGCGACCCGGCGAACGCGAAGCUGUACGUCUGCAAGCUGUGCGCCAAACACGUGCGCAGCAAGUGGCAUCAUUUCCAAACGCAUUAUUCGCGGGACCACAAGUGCUCCGAGUGCGACGCGGUCUACAGCCGGAUCGACACGCUGAGGACGCACGCCAAGAAACGUCACCAGACGGUCAUACCGAGAUACUAUUGCGGGAUUCCCGCAAACAUUUGGCACAGGUCGAUUGUCAAAUACGCCGCCGCCGCCGCCGCCGCCGCAUCCACCGUCGCCGGCCCGUCCCGCGCACCAGCCGGAGCGACGCGCGAUCGCCCGACAAAGUCAGGCACGCCGCCAGUCGCCCUGCAGAACCGAGCCGCAGGCAACUGA